CACACACACACACUCACACACACACACACACAUGCUCCAGAGAUCAUUCUAAAACUUAUUUAAUGAAAAACUAAGUGUGUGUAUUUGUGUAGUUAACUGAUAUAUGAGUAAAUAUUUAAAAAGAGAUUUAAUGAACCUGCAGAUGUCUACAGAGGAGGAAAGCAGAGGUAGAAAACCUCAGAAGAAUCCAGCAGUCAGCAAGAAUCAAAAGAGGCCCACAGCAGAGGCAGUGAAAGGAGCGAUUCAGCUGGGGAUUGCCUAUACAGUGGGAAAGCAGACCAAACCAGACAGAGAUGUUCUCAUGCAGGACUUUUAUGUGGUGGACAGUGUUUUUUUCCCCAGUGAAGGCAGUAACCUGACCCCAGGACAUCACUUCCCUGACUUCCGUUUUAAAAUCUACGCUCCUCUGGCCUUCCGCUAUUUCAGAGAACUGUUUGGUAUCAAAGCUGACGAUUAUCUGUAUUCCAUGUGUAAUGAGCCUCUGAUCGAGCUCUCGAAUCCGGGGGCGAGCAGCUCAUGGUUUUACGUAACCAGUGAUGACGAGUUUAUUAUAAAAACUGUUCAGCACAAAGAGGCGGAGUUUCUGCAGAAGCUGCUUCCUGGUUAUUACAUGAACCUAAACCAGAACCCAAGGACGCUGCUACCCAAGUUUUAUGGUCUUUACUGUGUUCAGUGUGGAGGAGUGAACAUCAGGCUGGUGGUGAUGAACAAUGUUCUUCCUCGCUCUGUAAACAUGCACUACAAAUACGACCUGAAGGGUUCCACCUGCAAACGCAGAGCCUCACGUAAAGAACGUGCUAAGUCCUCACCAACCUUCAAAGACCUAGACUUCCAGGACAUGCACUCGGACGGACUUUUUUUCGACACAGACACGUACAAUGCUCUGAUGAAGACGCUACAGAGAGACUGUAGAGUGCUGGAGAGUUUUAAGAUCAUGGACUACAGCCUGCUGUUGGGAAUCCACGUGCUGGACCUGAAGCUGAGGGACAGAGGAGGACGAGGAGACAGCAGGAGACACGGAGGACAAAAAGUGCUUUACUCCACCGCUCUUGAGUCUAUACAGGGGGGAGGCAAAGCUGUAGAGCCACGCCCAAAUGCAGAUGAUGACACAAUGGGGGGAAUUCCUGCUAAACACCGUGACGAGAAGCUGCUCAUCUUUCUGGGAAUCAUCGACAUUCUGCAGUCAUACAGAUUUAUUAAAAAGGUGGAACACUCAUGGAAGGCUCUCGUACAUGAUGGUGACACAGUGUCAGUCCACAGACCAAGUUUCUAUGCUGACAGGUUUUUAAAGUUUAUGGGAGGGACAGUGUUUAAAAAGAUUAAUUCUCUACGAGGUACUUCCUCUCGAAAAAAACGAAACUCGGUCCAGCCGUUGAGAUCUGCAUCACAUGAAGUCCUGUCUCCAAUUACAGAGGAGAGAACUGAUGGGAGAAAAGCACAGAGUCUGGAGAACCUUGAUGAUAACGAUUUGUCGUUUGUGAAACCAGACAUCAUUCCAAGCUCAGUGGAUCUGCACAUGGCCGAUUCAGCUGCCAGCGUGACCUUUGUUACCUUCUCACAUCCACACCAACUCACGGAGGACGAAGAAUUCAGCAGAGGUGAAUGUGGGAAUUCAAGCUCCACUCUUGCUCUGGAAGACUCUGCAUUUCAGUCCAAUUCCUCACACAGCAGCACAUCGGAUUCAGAGCUGAACAUUUAUCUGUGAUAACUGAAGUUCACUUCCUGCUGUCUGAAUUAUGACGCACCGUCUGUACUACUUCCUGCUGUUUGUUCUCUUCAUAUCGCACUGAGGUCACGUGACCUGUAAAUGCUCGGCACAACGCACUGCUCUGCUUUUGAUGUUGAACAAAGAAAUUCAACUAAACUGAAAAAUUAUUAUUAUUAUUAUUAUUAUUAUUAUUAUUAUUAUUAUUAUUAUUGUGUUAAAUCCAUGUAACCUCUCUGAUGAUCUGAACACAGACUCGUGUGAGAUUUUGGUGUUAUUUUUAAGAAGUGUAUUUAAACACUCAGACGUUGUGCCUUGUUUUCUGAUGGAUGGAGCAAAAAGGUUUUAUUAAAAGUUUAAAUGAAAAGUAAUCUAAUCAGUUGUACUGCACAAAAACAAAUCCACAAUUGCUCAUCAAUUAUUAGUAAAUAUAUAAAUGUUCCUGAUCUUGAUCUGUGUUUAAAGUAUUACAGAUUUGUAAACAGUUCUGUAUUUUUAUGCAUGUUUAAAGGUUAUUGUGCUAUUAAAAACUGUUUAUUGAUUGUG